AUGUUGCAGUGCCCCUCACAGUUCCAGGUUAUUAAACAGUGCAUUCUCGAUGUUCACGAAAAUCAAAUUAGUCGGAUUGAUGACGAAUAUGUGCACCUCAGGGAGCUGUGUGAAGCAGUUGAAAGGCUUUUUCACUUGGGAUUUCGUGGGACGUUUCGUGUGCGCGACUAUUGGCAUUGGAUGGUAGCGAUUUCAAAAAUGUGCUUGAAAGAACGGAAGUUUCUUCACCCAUUAUAUACAGAUGCCAUUAAUAAGGUUCAGCACAAUUCAAGCGUAACUACAGCCCAGGGUCGCGGGCGUCUCAUGAUUCGUUUCUUGCUUCAUCAUAGUAUGUUGGAUUUUCCGGUGAAAUUUAUGCUGGCUCAUCCUGACUACGCGACCAGUCUGUACGACUCGUCCUACUCUGCCUUGAGCAACGAAAUAUAUGUGCAGAUACUUCACUCACUGCUCACUGAACUGUGCCGUGUACCGUUUGAUUUAAACUUGGAAAACGCCGAAUUUUUAGAUGAAACUUGGGAAAUGCCUGUGUUCGAGCGGUAUGAGCUUGUUCCUUGCAGCAAAUUGGGCACCCGCCUAGACUUCCUGGACGGACACGCUGUUGUGACGGACUUAGAUCCGGACGGAGUUGCAGCUGAGGACAACAAGGUAAAAGUGGGCGAUGUAGUUGUAUCAAUGUAUGGCAAAACUCUCCGAAACGGCUCAGCACUGAUUACCACGCUCCGAAACCAAAAUGAAGGCAAACCCGUUCCUAUGGCCAUAAUCAAAAGCCAAAUGCCGAAUGGGAAAAUUUUCCGGCCAUUGGAAUCUUUAUUGAAACGAUUUGGCUUUGAGUUUCUGAUUCCGACAGUAUCUACAACUCCGUCAGAUUCGUUAUCAUCGGAACCUGACUCGUUUUUCACUCGUGACUCGCCCGGUCGUCUUCUAUACGUUGGACAGUGUGAAGUCGGUUCUAAUGGAGGUGUAAGCAUGAUAAACAAUGCGAUACUCAGGGUUCUGAUGAACCGAAGAAAAGACGAUUGGCCGAUUCCGGUACACAUGGAGUUAGGUGAACUUGGAAUCGCAAUCUGGAAUAUGCACCCACGUACCGGAACUGUUGAUCCAACAAAACCACCCAUGUUUCAACAUUCAUUUCCUCAGAUUUCCUCUUGCGGCCGGCGGACGGACAACACGAACUACCUAGCCUACAUCGUAGGUGAGGAACCAUGUAGCAUCGCAAAACGCUUCCAUUGUUUCGUCUUUGAAGCUGUUAACAAGGAGGAGGCGAAACGUCUUAUCCACGGAAUCGCCCAAGGCUUUGACCGAACUCAUUGGACCUUGUGAUCUAGUCUAGGAUCGUUAGAUCUGUUCUCUUCAUUCCAUUUUGUGUGUACUUGAGAGUACUCCGACUGUGCUUUUGUAUCUGACUUCUCAACUGUGUCGUUUUAUUCGUUCAUUCGUCCUUGUCUCAUUUCUUCGUUUUUAAAGUUUCAUGCAUUUUGUGACGGAUGCUUUCUUUAGGUUUGUACGACAUCUUGAUGCCACUGUUGUUCUCAUGGAGUCAGUAUAUUGAACAAAUUAUCUG